AUGAAUAGACUCUUUGGAGGAAGGAACACGGGCCCCAAGCCCACUCUCAACGAUGCCAUCGGCAAUAUGCAAACGCGUGUUGACACCAUCGACGUAAACAUCGCAAAGAUCAACGGCGAAUUGACCACGUAUCAACAGAAGCUGGCCCGUAUGCGCGAUGGCCCUGGCAAGAACGCUAUCCGUCAGCGCGCAAAGGCCUGCCUGGAACGCCGUCGCAUGUACGAGAGCCAGAAGGACCAACUCAUGAGCCAGCAAUGGAAUAUGGAACAAGCGACAAUGAUGCAAGACAACCUGCGCAACACCAUGACCACCGUCGACGCCAUGAAGACCACUACAAAAGAACUCAAGAAGCAAUACGGCAAGAUUGAUAUCGACAAGAUCGACAAGCUGCAAGACGAGAUGGCAGACCUCAUGGACAUUGGCAACGAGAUUCAGGAAAGCAUCAGCCGUAGCUACGAUGUGCCUGAGGAUGUUGACGAGGCCGAGUUGGAUGCCGAGCUAGAGGCUCUGGGCGAGGAAGUCGAUCUUGGAGAGGGUUUAUACGAGGGUGCUGACUCUGUGCCUGCUUUCAUGAUGGACCAGAGUGCGCCUCCACAGUUCAUCGACGAACCUCCGGAGAACAACAAGGUCAAGGAAGCCGCUGGCUAA